UCAUUCGCUAGCGUACGGACGCACCGGUACGAGACGCGCGUUUAGCCUGGAGUUUGUGGAUUAGAUGUAACAAUUUUUUUUGUGAUUUUGUGAGUGUGCCGAGCUUCCAUCCAGUGCAUAUACCAGUGCGGUUCAGUGAACAGACUCUUACAACGGUAUUGUGAUUGAAGUAAACGAACUGCGACCGGGACAGGCCGUCAUGCCGACGACAGGAACGGGUUCGUCUUCUAUCGCUCGGUGACAUCGUUCGCAUUCGACCACCUAUCGUCUUCGUGCUCGGUACUUGGUGCUGUGGCUUAAAACAACAACAAAAAAAAGCGUUGAACCAUCGUAGAUAGAGAGUAAAUUAAAAUCAUAAUUGCCACCCAUCCGUCCCACAGUACGGCAAUGUCACUAGCGAUUUCCCAACGGAGAAGAGCCUCAAGUUGGCAAUCUUGAAAUGUGAUCACUACACAGGCGCAUAACGGGAAUUGGGCAGUGCUAACACAUCCGUACCUAUUUUGAGCUAGAUUGGGCGAGAGAUUUGAGUAGAAAUCGCACAUCGAACGCCACAACCGGACCGGGACACGAUAGUCCUCCCUGCCUAGCAAAUUUCCGGCCACAGUUUCUACCGCAACCGCAGCUGACCUUGAUCGGAGUAAGGAGCUCGGAGUCGUGUGCGAAAGUUGUCCGAAAGUGCGGAAAACAUAAAGAAACGCUCGACACACAAUAUAAAACCCAUCCCUCCAUAGGCCAGAUUGGCAAAAAACAAAAAACCCUCCGGGAAGAAAAAAAAAACAAUCAACAUUUUAUUUUACCAUUCGCCACGCGAAGAAAGCCUUUCGUGGAGGACAGUUUUCACGUGCGAGUGGGCUCCCGAACCAAGAUUAAUGGGACUGGAACUAAUUUCGAGCACGCAGCAGGGGAGGAAACGUUCCGCACAGAAAGGAAGCAAUUAAAGCCCGUUUACAUUAAAUAAGGGCCACGCGGUCGGAAAGUUCGCGACCAGGCGCUUUGGUUUCCCACCAGUUGUGAAAUCGCGCAAAAAGAACUAUCGAAAAUAACACAGACGUGAGACGAGCAGCAGCAGCAGCAGCAGCAAUCUAGUAGGAACGCCCAGAGCGGCUCUCGGAGUUGUCCCAAAAUCGGCGCUGGCCACCCAGUCGUGAGACAUCUGGACAAGCGUUUGUCUAUGUUGGGAGCAGGUGGUGUCGGGUCGGGUGCGUGUUGCAGAUGAGGAGGACUGGUUGAUCCAUUUUUGGCCCGGCUCAUUAUCAUCGUCGAAGCGCAGAGGAAUCGGCACACACGUUAUGACGGAAAUGGAAAGGAAAGUGGCGAUCAUCGUCAGCUAUCAGCUGCGAUUGCUUCUGCUCGUGGUGACUUUCGCCACCGCAAUCCAAAUCGAUAAUCGACUCGUACAGCCACAGCAUGAUUGUUUCGAGCGGAUAGCGCUCGGUGCGAUGCUGCCGUUUGAGAAAACGUUCCGGAACUCGGACACCAACUCGCUGAAGAUCUGCGAAACGCUAUGCCUGAACGACAAAGAAUGCCAAACGUUUGCCUUUGGAAUUUCCGGUCGGGGCAAUGGAACGUGUCAGCUGUCGGCGAACACAAUUGACGCAACUAAAUCGCGCCCGGUCGGAACCAUCUUCGAUCCGGACUUUGAUCUGUACGCCCGUAAAUACAACUGUUUUUUAGAUGGGCCCACAAACCCACCACCCAAACCGGGCGGCCUGGGUAUCUUCCCGAAUGGUGAACUCCAACCCGGUGGUAGUCCACCAAGACAGCCACCUCCUCCACCACCUACCGCACCACAACCCCCCAGCGGAGGUGCUUUCCCACCUCCGAGCAUUAUUGAUCGUCCCGGGCCACCCAUCUUUGGGCCUCCCGUAUCGUCAGCCGGAAUCGACGCACCAACCACCGCUAACGGUGGCUUUGUGGACACAUCACGACCAACCAGCGAAUAUGGUACUACUGCCCCGGGGACGACGUACGGACAAACCAAUGGUGAAACACUGCCCGAAACGACCGCUCCAGCUGAGGAGUUCUACAGCACGAAGGAUCAUUCGAACCCGACCGGAGGUAGUCCAUACCUUCCGACAAGUACAGCCGCCGGCCCACAGUACAAUGUAGCCACCGGUGAACGAUUGCCGCCCACGCAAAGCGGUGCGACAAUGCCCGAUCGUGAAAGUCCCACAAAAUAUCCGCCGGACUAUCGACCCACGUACGGUGGUAGUGGACCGGCGAAACCUGGCAACUAUCCGUACCAGUUCCCGAUGCUGUACGAAACGCACUAUCCCUUACCGAACGAUAAGAAUGGAUAUCCGGAGAUUUACGCCCAGAACGUACCGACACUCGACAACAAUUACCUUCGUCCGGAGUACGGUGGCACGAGUUUCGGACGACCGACCGCGUCUGGAGGAAGUACACCACCGGCAGCAGGACCCCCCGGUACAGGCUAUGGAGGCGUUCAACGACCAAGCUCGACCGGUGGUGGAAGUAGCUAUGGUGGUGCGAACAAUUCUGGACCCCAACGACCUAGCGGGUACGGUGGUGACAGCAACCCACCACAGCGUCCCUCAUCGCCAGCAUCGAGCGGGUACGGUGGACACCAGGUUCGCCCAUCGGCACAGGACCGACCCGAUACGGGACCGUCGGGAUAUGGUGUCGUUCGGCCUGCACCAGCACCACCAGUUCAGUCGGGACCUUCGGCAGGGGCAGGGUACAAUGUUCACGAGGACAAACUCGACCUUCAUCCACCAUCCAUCUCCAAGCGCCCUUGCUAUCGUCGUGUGCUGGCCGGAAAGCGUGUCGCCCCGCACUGGGUACGAAGAACGCUGAUCUGCGAGCGUGUAGAAGACUGUCAGCGAGAAUGUGGCGAUGAAAGGCGUUUCUCGUGCGAAGGGUUCAACUAUCGGUUGGAUCCUACCGGCCGUGGACAGGGUGAUUGUGAGUUGAUCGAUCAACCACUUUCGCAGAUCGAUCUGUACUCGAGCCCCCAUCAACGUGACUCGAACCUUAUUCGUGAUCCUGAUUAUGAUUACUACGAGCGCGAUCGUAGUGCGACAGCAAACUGUCGACCAAGCUGUAAGGACUGCAUGGUCAAACCUUUCCGUCCGGCGCUGGAGUUCGUUCGACCGACCACAUAUCGACCACAUCAUCCCGAGAGCUACAAGCCGUAUCCUUCGGAGCAGCACCCGUACGAGGAGGACCAUCGGUACAAACCGGUCAUCACGGCCAUCGAUAAGUAUCGACCACCGAUGUACUCUAGCCGACCGGAAUACGAACGUUACAGCCCCUCGUCUAGCUACUACCCUCCUCCACCACCACCACCACCUUCAGCACCGUUGGACUCCUAUCGUCCGGCGCUAUCUUACAAGCCACAGUACGGCAGCGAAAUCGAUCGUUACGGUACGUUAGACCAUAGCUUCUUCAAACCAUACGAAACCCGUCCCGACUAUCCGAGACCCAUCCACCAUGAAGACAUUCGACCAGUUCACCGUCCACGCCAUCCGUACGAGGACCGUGAUCCACCGCCACCACCACCGGCAGCUCCACCACCAUCACACAUCUCCACCGUCCAGCAGUACGGCAACAAACCGAGCACGUUCAUUCCGUACCUGAUCGGUCAGAACAUUCACAAGAACGGUGGCAUUUACGGUGGUUCGUACGGGCCAUCGUUUAAUACCGAUUCGUACAAAUCGAUUUCAGACUAUUGGGGUUUGCGGAACGAGAUCAAACGCUACGACAGCCCGUCGUUCAACUACUUUGAGCUGCGAAAUGAUCAUCACUUUGACGAUAAUAAUGUGUGGAGCUAUGGUGGCAGCAAGUAUGGGUACGAGGACGAUCACCACCCGGUACAUCCGUACGUAGAACAUCGGCCAGGCUUUGGUCAGCAGUGGAUACGGCGACCGAGUCACGAAGAGUGCUCCGUUAAGUCGAGCGAAGGAUUCCGUCUGCACAAGGGUGUGGUAAAGUACGCACUGAACACGCCCACGGUGAUUGAGUGUGAACGGAUGUGCUUCUCGGAAAGCCGGUUCCGGUGUCACACGUUUAGCUACCGCUACUCGGCAGUGUCCCGCGAGAACUGUCUGCUCUGUGAUCGGCCGUUUAAUUUGCUGGACUUUUAUGCGGAUCUGGAACCGGAUCGGGAUUACGAUAUCUACUCGAUGAGCGAUGACGCCAAGACCUGCCAUCCGGAGCUUAGUCAUCCCAGGAGGGAUUAUAAUGCGCAAUGCUUCAUACGUGUUAUUGAUUCAGCACGAUUCUUCAAAUCGAUCGUUCGCGACUCGCUGACGGUUCGAUCGAUUGGAGAGUGCGAGCUGGAGUGUAUCAAGGCGUCCAAGUUUACCUGCCGCGCGUUUACGUACAGCUUUGGACCGAACAGUGUGAACGCGGUGAUCGACAACUGUCAGCUUUCCGAUUGGCCCGUGCGCGAUAUGGACAAAGAUCGACAUCUGGUGCCGGACGAAAGCUUCGAUGUGUUCGAACGUGCCAGCUAUGGACAAGGUUGCGAGAUUCAGCCCAUCAUCGACGAUAAACAUAACAAAAAGUUCUGCUAUCUGGGGUAUGGAUCUCCGGCGAAGCUGCUUUCCUCCGCCAUCAAGAAGGUUACCUCGGUUAAUACGGAGCUGGAUUGCAAAAAUGAGUGUGUACGUUUGCGCGAGGCCACCCAUUUCAAGUGUCUCUCGUUCAGUUUCAGCUCCCAAGCGUCAACGUACAACUGCGAGAUGUCGGAUCUGGACCAGAGCGAACUGAAGCUGGGCGUGCAUUAUGCACACACGAACGAUCGCGACUUUUGGCUGUUCGCCUGGAAUCCGUUCGACUACACGUGCCGCGAUAAGAUCACGACCAUUAGCGGCGGCACCCGGAUGAAUCACGACCGCCGAAUAGACAUCCUCCGCGAACCGGGUGAUGGAAGUCGGCGUCAGUAUACCGUCUCGGGAAAGCCCUGCCGCAUCGGUACCAAAUGCGAGCGAAACAAGAUCACAGGAUUUUACUCCUGCGAGAUAGAGGGUGGUGAGAUUGGUUCAUGGGAUUAUUGCUGUAAGGCCGAACACCCUUGCGGCUACUCGCAAGGGUUCGACUAUCCAUGGUGCUUCGUGGGUGAUGCCCCAGAUCAGUGGCGCAAGUGCAGCGAUAAGUACUUCCCCAAGAAACAGCACGAUUCGCGUUAUCAAAACAAGGAUAAAAAGGGUGAAAUCUAUCAGCCACCACCGAAGCCGGGAGGAUUGAGACAUCUGGACGGUGUGACCGCACCGGCCGAACUUUGGCCCGUCACCUACCUGUACGAGAAGGGUCCGCCGAACGCGACCGAGAUCAGCAACCAUGUGAUCGACUGCAAGAAGGACAAGUGCUAGGGAUGAAGGAAUCGGGCAACUGCCAGGCAACAGACAAUCGAACUCAUACUCAUAAUGCAUCCGGCCAAACGCGCCCCGAGGCGCUACGAGCACAUUUAAUGUAAGGGCGCUAAGCAUUGAAAGAUUGUAGUAAUUAAUGGUAAUUGAAGAGUAAUGCUGACUGCACUACCCAAGUGCAAGUACGACGAGGGACAAUCGCGAGCGUCGGUACACCGUACUUCGCCGUCUUUUGGAGUAAGGAAGCUUAGCGUGUUAAGUUUAGGAGCAUAGCUAUAUCGACUUUAGUACACCUUCGUCCAGGUAUAACCGUUUGUCAGACAGCUCUCUCGGAAUCGUAAUUUCCUUCGCUCAGUAACGAAACCUCUGCGUCACCUUUCUGACUACAAAAUCUGAAACGUCCAUCGCCGUUUUUGUGCAUGGACCAGCGUGCGAAGUAUAGCAAACACACCAGGUAAGCGGAAUGUCCGCUCGUCUGGGCUGUGAUAGGAAGAAAACGCAGAGGGCUUCCUGGUAGAGGGUGGACUUUUGUGAAUGGAAUUUUAAAUAUUUAUUGUAAUGCUUAAAAAGUUGUAAUGUGUAAUGGAUGAUGAGCUAAUGGUACAACAAUUCUAUAAUAAACUUAGUCGACAGUUCAAACAGCACA